GAGAGAGAGAGAGAGAGAGAGAGAUGGAAGUGAUUGAAGUUCUACACAUGAAUGGAGGAAUUGGAGAUGCAAGUUAUGCAAACAACUCAUUAGUUCAGCAAAAGGUGUUAUCCAUUACCGAGCCGAUAACAAAAGAAGCCAUUAUUGAUCUCUACUGCAGUACUUUCCCUAAAUCCUUGUCCAUUGCAGACUUGGGUUGUUCCUCUGGUCCAAACACUUUGCUAGUGGUCUCUGAGCUCAUCAAAGCAGUUGACAAACUAUGCCGAAAAAUGGGAAACCACUCACCAGAGUUUCAAAUAUUCUUAAAUGACCUUCCCGGGAAUGAUUUUAACACGAUUUUUCGGUCUUUGCCGAGGUUCCAAGGAAAACUGACAGAACAGAUGGGAUCCGGAUAUGGACCUUGUUUUUUCUCUGGAGUCCCUGGUUCAUUUUAUGGUAGGCUUUUUGCUACAAAAAGUCUGCAUUUCGUCCAUUCUUCUUAUAGUCUUCAAUGGCUGUCCCAGGUUCCUGAAGGGAUAGAGAAUAACAAAAGCAACAUUUACAUGGCAAGUACAAGCCCGCCAAGCGUGCUACAAGCAUACUAUGAGCAAUUUCGAAGAGAUUUCUCGUUGUUCCUAAAGUGUCGUUCGGAGGAACUAGUCACCGGAGGCCGAAUGGUUCUAACUAUUCUUGGGAGGAAAAGUGAAGAUCCUUCUAGCAAAGAGUGUUGUUACAUUUGGGAGCUUCUAGCUAUGGCUCUCAAUGAAAUGGUUUCAGAGGGCCUUAUAGAAGAGAAGAAACUAGAUUCAUUCAACAUCCCCCAGUACACACCGUCUCCAGCAGAAAUAAAAUCAGAGGUCGAAAUAGAAGGAUCUUUUGGGAUUGACCGUCUCGAGAUUUCUAAAGUUCACUGGAAUGCUUACGACAAUGAAUUUUGUCCUUCAAAUGCCUUCAAGGAUGGUGGAUACAAUGUUGCACAGUGCAUGAGAGCUGUGGCUGAACCCUUGCUUCUCAGUCACUUUGGCGUAGCAAUAAUUGACGAGGUGUUCUGCAGGUACAGGAAGAUUUUGGCUGAUAAAAUGUCCAAAGAGAGAACUGAGUUCAUCAAUGUCACUGUUGCAAUGACUAAAAAGAAGUUGUGAUCAUCAAAAUGGUUUGUUUGUAUUAUUGUUCAAUCCAUUUUGUAAGCUAAAUUGUGUGGAAGUGAGUUUAAUAUUGGUUUCAAUAAAAGUGAUGAGUCUAAUGCUUAUGGGCUCGCACAAACGAAGUUGUUUUCUCUGUGUCUGUGACUUUCCAAUGUACUUGAAAAUAAAUUAUUAAGUGA